AUGGAGCCAAGUACCCGUAAGACCAGUGAAUCAGAGGAAGACUAUGGUGAAGAAGAGGAAUCCGAGGAGUGUGUUAAAGGGGAAGCUACCAUCCCUUCUAACCCUUCUCAGCAGGCACUCUCAAAGGCUGACUGUAAUGCAUUUAGGAAUGGAGUUCCUUUAUCCAUUGUAGCCAAGAAAAUACCAAAGAAAAUCAUAACCCCAGCUGACCCAGAUGAAUUAGAAGUUGGGAGGAGAAAGAGAAGGCGGAAACACAGACCCCUGGCCAUCAAUCUGACCAACUGCAAGUAUGAGAGUGUGCGUCGGGCAGCCCAAAUGUGUGGCCUGAAGGAGGUGGGGGAGGACAAAGAGUGGACUGUGUACUGGACAGACUGCUCUGUCUCACUGAAACGAUAUAACCAACUGGCUCUGUUUCAGAAAAUCAACCACUUCCCUGGCAUGACAGAAAUCUGCCACAAAGAUCUGCUGGCUCGGAACCUCAACCGCAUGCAGAAACUCUAUCCUACUGAGUGCAACAUCUUCCCAUGCACCUGGUGCCUCCCUGCAGAGCGAGAACAAACUGAGUCAUCCCAUGCAGCAAUGCUGGACCAGGAACGCUAUGAGGAUUCUCACCUGGGGGGAUACCGGCGGUUCUACCCUGGGCCUGACACGGAGAAGUACGCCUUCUUCAAGCACAACGGCUCCCUCUUCCGGGAGACUGCUGCUUCCAAGGCCAGAGAGGAGUGUGCCAGGCAGCAACUAGAAGAGAUCCGCCUUAAGCAGGAACAGCAGGAGACCUCAGGCAAUAAGAGGCGAAAGGAAAACAAGGACCAGAACCAUGGUGAAUCAGGAAGGGAGAAGAGCCAAUCCAGGGCCCGGCUCAGGGGCCUUUCCACCCACUUGGCUUAUAGGAACCGGAACCGGGAGAAAGAGCUGCUACCAGUACACCUGGACACUAUGCAGCCGCAAGAAAUUGUGGAAGAGGAGGAGCUGGAGUGGAUGAAGGCCCUGCUACAAAGGGAAAAUCUCAUCAGAAGUCUGGGUAUUGUAGAGCAGAUCUCCCGCAUGCUGUACCCCAGCCACCGGGGCCAGAAAAAACUUCAUGAAUAUCGGAUGAGGCCCAAGAAUGUCAACUGGAUGAGAGAUCCAGCAGACAUCAGCCCCUGUUCAUUGUCAAUGAAGACAUGUGGAAGGCGCUAUUUUUCCAGCGCCAGAAUCAGGCUCACUAGCCAAGGCCAAACCAGCAGAAGGCUAGAAGCCAUAAACCGAGCCCUGGCAGGAUCAGUGCCACCCUUUUUAACCCCAAGCUAGGGCUAUCUUCUGUAACGGGAAAGAGUGGUAAGUGGCUCAUGGACUGCAUGCACCUUGCCUUCCAUGCUAGACUCUGAACACAGAGCAGCUGAGGCCUGGCAUCUCACCCUCUGCCCUACCUCUGCACCCCUGCUGCAGCAUACCCCUGCACUCCUCGACAUCAGGCACCAGAGGUAAAUGUAGGAAGGAAGCCCACAACUCAAGCUGUCCUGGAAAACCCACUCAGGUUUCCAAAAGGGCAAAGCGUCUUCAAUCUUUGCUAACUCAAAGACUGCCACCAAGCUUCAGUGUGAAAAGCCCUGGCCAGGAACCCUGUUUGCAUAAGGCAAAACACAAAGACACCAAGAAUUCCUCAAUACCCUAAGAUUAUUUUCGGAUGGGUAAAGACUAAAAGAUGAAAAGGAGCCAGGGGCGGCCAUGUGCUCAUCUCCGUCCUUCAAACCUUAGCCUGGAUUUACCGCUAAUGAUGAGUCUGAACCCUGGGUGCGGCCCGGGACUGGAGGUUAUCCCGGCGACAAGAAGCCCCUUUCCCAGAGGAGCCGAGUUCCCACGGCACGGAGCUUUCGCCAUCAGAGAACCGCCGAGGGGACGUCCUGACAGCCGCCGUGGCGGAGACAGGCCGGCCUGGGCAGCCAUUGGGGCAGAGGGGCGGCUCUUGGCAACUGAACUCGUCUUUUUAUUAAAGUUUAUGCUGUUUUGCAGGAGCGUCCUCUACCUCAUAC